ACACACACACACACACACACACACACACACACACACACACACACACUCUACCAGGACCUACCACCAGCAGCCAAACUCUCAACACACACACACUCUCUACCAGGACUUAUCACCAGCAGCCAAACCCUGAUAAAACACACACACACACUUCUCUCCAGCAGGAUUCACUGCCAAAUCAGUGUGGAAAAUAAAAUUGGUUCAUGUUCCUCCAGGUCACCACGGUAACCCAAUAUGUUGCGUGCCAAGAAAACAUGCAUUUAUCAGGUUAUCAAAUGUGUAUUCAUUUCUGAGUGACAGGUCUGUGAAAGUCUGGUUGAUCCUGUCAGGAACAAUUAUACUAUGGCCAGGUCAGGAAUAUGUUCAUGAAUACUGAAUAAAUAAAAGAGUAAUGUAUUGCCAGAGAAUGUCUAGUAAGUGUCCGUAGACUCUGGUAUGGUCAUAGACAGUAAAAGAAAGGGUAUGGCUAGGUUUGGACUUUGGCGUCCGGUACACGUCACGUGUGUGGGCGGAGCUCUGACUGUGGGGUCUGCUAGCAGAGAGAGAGACCGACCAUUCUCUGGAGACACACUAUUAACGAGUAUCAAAGAACUUUUAUUUGGUAAACAUUGGAAUUGUCGAUUUAUCCCAGAAGAUGAAUGUGUUUGCUGAUGUCAGCCUUCGUGUGUCAGCGAACUCGAUGGCCGUGUGUCCCGUGCUGUCAGUGCAACCUACCCGGGCAAUGGUGGAUGAAAAGUUUCAGAUAGUUGUGAGAAAUUUACCCCCAAAACAAGAGGUAACACUCCAUUCAUUGCAUCGGUCCGAGGAUAAAGACUACUGGGAAGCGUUUGGUUAUUAUAUCAGCGACGAAAAUGGAACAGUCACAGUAGAAGAUGCCAGUAGAGGUGGGACCUAUGUUGGAGUUGAACCCAUGGGUCUCCUUUGGAGCUUGCGACCCGUUCCUGGUAGCAGACACGGACUCAGGUUACGAAAAAGAGACGUCCUGUCACCAAUGGUGGUGAACAUAUCCGUGUAUAAAGGUCACAUGACCCAGGGGUUCUCUGAAAAGGACGCCUUGGCCACGGUCGUCACGGAGAGAUGGUACCUGGCGCCAGGUGUGCAGCGUGUGGAAAUCGGGAAACGAGGGGUCAAAGGCACACUUUUCAUACCACCAGGCCCAGGGCCCUUCCCUGCAGUGCUGGACAUGUGGGGAGGGGGAGGGGGUCUGGUGGAGUACCGGGCGGCCCUCCUGGCCUCGCAUGGCUUUGUUGCCAUGGCGCUGCAAUACCUUGGUGCAGAUGAAGAGUGGACGUCUGAUGUUGAGACUGGAUACUUUGAGACGGCGUAUAAGGUCCUUCAGACCCAUCCUCAGGUGUGUGCAGAUCGGGUAGCUGUGCUCGGUCUGUCCUUUGGAACCUCUGUCACACUCACACUAGCAGCGUACUCUAAAGUUGUACAGCCCCGGUGUUGCGUAUGCAUCAGUGGUAGCCAUGUUCAUCCUGUCAACAAGCCCCUGAUUGAGGUCCUACAGGUCAUGAUGCAGAACAUGACAAAGGCACGUAUUGAUGAGAAUAAUCAUGUGGUCUGGAGAGAUGUCAUUCUACCCAUUCCUACUGAGCCAGACCUUAAAGUGGAUGUGGGCCGCAUAAAGUGUCCUAUGCUGAUUGUGAUUGGUCAGGAUGACCAGAACUGGGCCACGGUAGAGUCCACUGAAGACAUAGAGCAGAUGAUGGAGCGGGCGGGGAAUCGCCACCUCCUGACGGUGUUGUCGUAUCCAGACGCAGGUCACCUGAUCGAGCCACCUUACACACCUCACAUCCGCUUCAGCAAUUUUAUCACACAACACAAUAGGGAAAAGGUGUUGAUGCUGUGGGGGGGUCAGACGAAGCCUCAUGCACACGCCCAGGAGGACUCAUGGGAGAAGAUCCUCCUCUUCCUCCAGAAACACCUUUACCAAGACUUACCACCAGCAGCCAAACUCUGAUGAUGACACACGCGCACGUGCUGCGCGUCGGUGUCUGGUUCGCCCUGUCGGGACUUAUAGCUUCAGUACUCUCAAGAUAUCUUCAUACGGCUCUGGGUAUUCUGUAAGGGAUAAUGUGUAGAACGCCGGUCAUUAUUGGGAAAAUAAGUCCCGACAGGGUGAACCGGACCCCAACGCACAGCAGAGGAGUCUUGUUCCGCCCUGAAGAGACCUAUUUUCCCAAUAAUGAUGGCGUUCUAUAGCAAAAACGUAUUGAGUCGUAGCUUUGCUACAAUUGUAACAAAACCAGCAGAACGCUGCCCUCAGAACGUUGGUUCGGUAUGUUUGUGUUGUAGUUCUUUCUAGGGGAUAUUGGUGUUGAUACGUACGUGGCGAUAAAUCUACAAAUCCCGUGAUAAAUGCAAUACCUGCUCGCAAAAUAAGUCUGCGUCUCCUCAGAGUUUGUUAAAGUUCAGCUACGUGUGGAAAAUGGUAAAGUGUACUUUCAACGAGACGUGGCUAGAUCACAAUGAUUUCCGCUGUUGGUUACAAGCGGUACCCGGUUAAGAGGCACACUAAUAUCUGCCCCCAUAGCAAAGUGUUCUUUGAAUAAGUAAAAUAAUUUGAUUCUCAUUUGAGUUAUGCAGAUGCUUGUUUCCUAACACCCACAAUAUUUACCAAAUUCACAGCACUGGUAAUGACAUGAGUCUGUUAAAGAGCACUAGCUGAUAUACAGUGGUACUGUGGUAGCAGUAGUUACAGUCCAGUUCAGUGAGUUCAUGGCACAAUAGAAAGGUCUAUUUACCUACAGUAUAUUCUUAUAAAAAAAUGUCCAAUACUUGUUACAUGGUAGCAACUAGAUUAAGGAUGUUUCACGUAAAGUCCGGAUUGUUGGACAAAAUGUUUGCACUAAAUCAGGUAAUUAAAUGCAUGUGCUCAUAUUAGUCUUUACAUACUAAGGAGAACAUUUGUGCUAUCUCAAAUGUUGUCCUUGGUGUGUAAAGACUAAUAAGAACACAUCUAUUUAAUUGCCUGAGUGAUUUUGUGCAAAUGGCCUAUAUCGUCUGAAAAUUCAGACUUUGUGUGAAAGAAAGGCCUCUGCACAGGCACUCCGCAACUUUCGAUUACAUUAGAUUCCAUUGUAUUGAUCACAACCCCGCACACCAACACUUUCUCGACACAUUUGAUGGUAUCAUUUCCCAUUCACGCAAUAUUCUUUGUAAAAGUAUAAUUUUAUUAAUUUAUUUAGAAUUUACUUUUAGUCAUUAAGACACUUUGGUUCAAACUGACUUACAUGUAAACAACAACAGAAAACAGAAGAAAAAAUAAAAUAAUCCAAAGCACUAUGGAACAAUCACUAAUCUCAGCUUCGCCAUGGCUUUUUUUUUUUUAAGGUGAAUGUAGUAGUGUUAUCAAAAGUAAACAUUCUAGAAGAGCAUAGAAAACAUAACUUUACAUUUAAUUUAUUCCUGUGAAUGUCUCUUAUCUGGCUUCUUUGUUUCCAAAUAAGUAAAACUUGAAACAGGCAGCACUUUGUGUUUUGGCAGUGAAACUAUACCCUGUGCCUUGAUGUUCCCAAUGAAACUGUACCCUAUACCCAUGUUCCCAUGAAAACUUUGAACGCCUGACUGAUCAUAUGGUAACAAGACCCUGAGCAGAAAAGAGCAGCAUCCCUGCAUCCCAUAUUGUACACCUUUACAAGACAUACACAUGAUUCCAGCUAAUAGCUAGCACAAUUUACAGUUUUUUUUUCUAUUCCGAUUAAACUAUUCUGAAUAAACAUUUUGUGUGAUCUUUUUA